UCUGACGGCGAUGUGGCUUUCUUUGAGCGCAUGAUGCCGGGUAGAGUCAUAACAAAUCCGGAGGAGUUGAAACCAUUUAAUGUGGACUGGCUUAAUUCAGUCCGGGGCUGUAGCAAGCUGAUGUUGAAGCCACAGACAACAGCAGAGGUGUCUCAAGUUCUCAGGUACUGCUAUGAGAGGAACCUGGCAGUGAAUCCACAGGGGGGUAACACAGGCCUUGUUGGGGGCAGUGUUCCUGUCUUUGAUGAAAUCAUUCUCUCCACUGUUCUCAUGAACCGGAUCAUCAGCUUUGACAAGGUGUCUGGAAUCCUUGUGUGCCAAGCUGGCUGCAUCUUAGAGAAACUCAACAAGUACUUGGAGGAGCAGGCGUUUAUCAUGCCACUUGACUUGGGAGCGAAAGGUAGCUGUCACAUCGGUGGUAAUGUUGCCACAAAUGCUGGAGGUUUACGGCUCUUGAGAUAUGGUUCUCUCCGAGGGACAGUGCUAGGACUGGAAGUGGUGCUGGCUGAUGGCUCAACUCUGGACUGCUUGGCGUCUCUGCGCAAAGAUAACACUGGCUAUGAUUUGAAGCAGCUUUUCAUUGGAUCCGAGGGAACGUUGGGAGUUAUCACUGCUGUCUCCAUACUCUGUCCUCACAAACCUACAGCUGUGAAUCUGGCAUUCCNAGGGUGUCAGAGUUUUACUAAGGUUCUGGAAACAUUUACAACCUGCAGAGUCAUGCUGGGAGAGAUCCUGUCUGCCUAUGAGUUCAUGGAUGAGAAGUGCAUGGAAUUAGUUAAGAGACAUCUCAAGCUCUCCAGCCCAGUGACAGACAGCCCCUUUUAUGUUUUAAUUGAAACUUCGGGCUCCAACUCAACCCAUGAUGAAGAAAAAUUGAGCAACUUCCUAGAACAGGCCAUGACUUCUGGUUUGGUCACUGAUGGAACUGUCGCAAUGGAUGAUCAGAAAAUAAAGACACUGUGGGGCCUGCGAGAGAGGAUCACAGAGGCUCUAGCUCAUGAUGGCUACGUAUACAAAUAUGACAUCUCUCUCCCUGUGGAAAAGCUAUAUGAUCUUGUGACUGACAUGAGGGCUCGGCUGGGCCGGAGUGCCAAAAACGUGGUGGGCUACGGCCACUUGGGAGAUGGAAACUUGCACUUGAACAUCACGGCGGAGUCCUACAGCCAUUCCCUGCUGGAUGCCAUUGAGCCAUUCGUGUAUGAGUGGAGCGCAAGAUACAAGGGCAGCAUCAGUGCAGAGCACGGACUGGGGUUCAAGAAAAAGCAGUUCAUUCAGUACAGCAAACCAAAUGAGGCAGUCUUGCUAAUGCAGCGUUUCAAAGCCAUGUUAGACCCCAAAGGGAUCCUCAAUCCGUACAAAGUGCUGCCGUGA